CUUUUCUCGGGAAACCGACCACGACCUCGCGAGAGACUCUGCCUGGUGCCAUCACACCUCUUCCUCCUAGUUCGGUUUUGGCCUAGUCACUUACCUUCUUAUUUCGAUCGGGCGAGGCGUGUAUCGGUCUCAGCCAUUCGACAAGGCUUGCCGUCCGGGGUAUUUCCCGCAUUGACGUUACGCCGGCCAACAUGUCCAAGCCCAAAGCCUUUCUGAAGCACUCAAAGGCGAAGAAGAAAGCUGAGCAGGUAUUGGACACCGCAGACGAUUUUCAGGCAGCCGGGGUCGACUUCGAAGAAGCAGCAGGAAAAUGGAGAGCUGGGGAUGCCGUCAAGUCGAUGCGAUUCUUCUCCAGAGCCAUUGACGUAUAUGAUCGGGGUUUGCAGAAAUUCCCUGACAGUCUCGAUCUUGCAUACAACAAGGCCAGAGUACUUCUAGAAAUUGCAACACACCCUAUCCUUGUACAACAGCUACAGGCGCCACUCCUAGAAGUGCUGCAACAAGCCCUCGAUGCUCAUCGAUAUGCACUAAACCUUGAUCAAGACAAUGCCGAUGCUCUAUUCAACACUGCUCAAGUGUUGACCACCAUUGCCGAAGUAUUUGCGAAAGAUCCAGAUCGACCUGAUCAAGAUGCCUUGCAAUCACUCGAGGAGGCCCUCGAAUUGCAAAAUCGUUGUCUCGCCAUUCAGGAACUCAAACUCGAGCAGAAUAUCCAGCAGCAAGAUGAGGCCGAUGCUCAAGGCGAUACGGAGGACUUUCAACCAGCGCCUCCCGAAGGCAACAACGAUAAUAUCGAUGACUCUGCUGACAAGGCUUCACGCGACAAUGAAGAGCAGUGGUUCUCGGUCGUGGAACCAGUGACAAAAGAAACUCUCAUUGACACCAUCCUUGCCGAACUAGGGACACUGACUACGCUUUGCAGCAUCUUGUCCUCCACCACCACCUCCGCUCCCAUCACUAGCCUUGCCUGGAUCGAAGAAUUUUCUUCGAAACUACUCAAGACGAAGCUACCAAUCCUUCUCCGAGAUGCAGAGCCUGAGACCGUGCAGGAGGUUGCACUAACCCGGGCCAACUUCAUCUCUGUCUUGCUUGAAGCUGGUUAUAAACUUGGAUCCAUUGAUGCAGCAACGUACAAGAGGGAGCGCGACGAAGCCUUUAAGUCAUCCGACCUUACUCUGGACAAAAACUUUGUCGCGUUACUGGCCAAUGCGAACAGCCUGAUUUCAUACAAUGCUGCCCUUGCGGAUCGUGAUAUUACGAUAGCCGAGUCUCAGAUCCCGCAGAGAUGGAACGCUCUGUCUGCCGCGAUAGCCAAUAUGGCAACCGCUUCGAAGAUCUCCGGUCCGGUCCCAGAUGACAUCGCCGAGACACAUUUCAUACGAGGAAAUUGCUCACUGCUACAGGUCAAGCUCGGUCAUCCGCCUGUAUCUUACCAACCAGCCAUUACGAAUGCAGUACAAUUACUUAAAAAUGCCGACACUUUCUACAGAAAUGCGGCGAAGCUGUAUCAAGAUGACGAACAGAAGGCUACCGGUCAGCUGAGGGGUGUCGUUUCUCGGGCUCUACUGGCCGGCACUGAUUUGGAGACAGCACUGACUCAGGCCAACCUGGGACAGACGGGUGAAUGGGUACGGGGCCAAGUUGAGGAUUUGAUUGAGGAUGGUCUCAUCUCGUUCAACACCAGCACCACUUGAUUUGGACUGGUGAUGACGACUGUCACUAUCCUCUCAGGUAGCAUGAAAGGCGACCAUGUGCCGCCACGAAGACUUGAGACAAGGCUUUGAUGACACGGGCGGCCUUUGGUGACAACUCACAUUUGUCUCCGGCUUGAGGUCGUAGACUCCCCU